AUGUCAGUUGCUCAAGAAUUUGAAAAAGCCAACACAAAUUACUCCUCCAAUUUCACUAAAGGUGAUUUACCACUUCCACCAGCUAGAAAAGUAGCUGUGGUAAUAUGUAUGGAUGCAAGAAUUGAUCCUGCUGCAUCACUUGGAUUAACUGAGGGUGAUGCUCAUGUAAUUCGUAAUGCUGGAGGUAGAGCUAGUGAUGCAUUAAGAAGUGUUAUUAUAUCUCAAAGAUUAUUAGGAACAAGAGAAAUUGUUGUUGUUCAUCAUACUGAUUGUGGUAUGUUGACAUUUUCUGAUAAUGAUUUACGAGGAAUAGUUGCUAAAGAAACAGGUCAUAAUGUUGAUCAUUUUGCUUUUUUACCCUUUGGUGAUUUAGAAAAAAGUGUUAAAGAUGAUGUGGAAUUUUUCAAGAAAAAUCCUUUGGUAUUGGAUGUCCCUGUAACUGGAUAUAUUUAUGAUGUUAAAUCCGGUGCUAUUAAUAAAGUUGAAUCGUAA